AUGACUCGCAACCACUACCAACGGACACCUUUACUCGUCGCUGCCGCCAUCUGUACAGCGAUGAGUGGCAUUGCUGUUGAGGCCGCAUCUGCGCAAACAUACACAAAUAACGCAGUAUUAGGCAUAAAAGCUUUGAAUGCCAACUGGUACAACGUUCGAACAGGCAUCUGGGACAAUGCUUGGUGGAACAGCGCAAACGCACUCACGACCCUGGCAGAUUUUGCAGCGGUACGCCUUGAUGAGGCCAAUAAGCUGAACAUUGGCGGUUACAUGCGGAACACAUUUGUCCAAGCGCAAAAGACCAACGUACAAACAGUCAAAAAUUUUGACACGGGGGGCAUGGUAUCAUCUGUCUACUGUUUAGACAAUAGCGACGGCUGUCUCGCGAAACGAGACUUUUUGGGAAAGCGUGGCUUUGACGACUUUCUCAAUGAAUUUUAUGACGAUGAGGGAUGGUGGGCCUUGGCUUGGUUGAAGUCGUACGAUGUAGCAGGUGACAAAGAGUAUCUGCAGGCCGCGAUAGACAUAUUCAAAGACAUGCAAACCGGAAGAGAUACAAACUGUGGAGGCGGAAUCUGGUGGAGCAAAAAGAAGACGUACGUCGCCAGCAUCGCCAACGAGCUGUAUCUAUCUGUGGCGGCCUCUCUUGCACGACGAGUUCCCCAGAACAGCACCUACAAAAAGAUUGCCAUCGAUCAAUGGAACUGGUUCGAGAAGACUGGCCUGAUUAACAGUAAAAAGCUUAUCAAUGACGGCCUCACCAACCCAGGGUGCAAGAACAACGGCCUUCAGACCUGGUCGUACAACCAAGGCGUCAUUCUUGGCGGACUUGCUGAGCUGUUUCGACUCACCGGCGACCUCAAAUACAUCGAGAAAGCUAUGCCUAUUGCAGAGGCAGCUAUUAAGACCCUCUCGGUGAACGGAACGCUGGUAGAAACUGACAAGUGCGAACUGAGAACUGGACACUGCGGCAGAGACGGCCAACAAUUCAAGGGAAUAUUUAUUCGCAAUCUACGAUAUCUAAACGACGUGGCCCCCAAGCAGGAGUUCAAAGACUUUAUCAAGCGAAAUGCCGACUCUAUUUGGGCUAAAGAUAGAAACAACGAGAACCUCCUUGGAGUAGCAUGGACGGGGCCGUACAUUGCAGCCACUGGACCAUCUCAUAGCAGCGCAUUGGACGCUAUAGUUGCUGCUGUGGCCGUUGCGUAA